AUGCAGCAUAUAUAUCGGCGCAUAAUGGGCCUGUAUAAGGGUGAUUGCGAGCGGCUGCGAAUACUGUGCAGAGAACACCUACUGUCUUCAUCUCGUUCCAAGGAGGUUGAAAGUGGCCUUCGCUGCCGCCUAUUGGUCCAUUUCCCGCUCUUUGUUGAGUAUAGUGAGAACCGUCCUGCAAUUAAGAAGCGUGCCAAAAUUGAGAAAGACCAAUCUAUUCUCGAAAACUAUGAUCUCGCAUUUUACAAGAAGUGCAGCGCCGCAUACUCGUUUCUUACCCCCAACAAGGUCGAUAUAUACUAUGAAGAGGAAUUGCGGUGCGUUAUCCCCAACGAUAUCAGAGACUUGUUCGGGAAGUCUGCAGAAUGCCAAAGGUGUGUAAAGAUAGGUCCAGCAGUUCCCAACAAAAUGCACCCAAAGAUGCAGCAAAUUGAUGACAAACUCGUUGAUGCAGUUAUUAAGGCGGUACAAAGACUACAAAAGGAUAUUGCCUCUACAUCGCCGCAAGGCAGAACUAAAGAGUAG